GGUUCGCUUCUACUAACUGCAGCUGGCAAUAUUGAGAGUCAGUGACUUUCACUCAGUGAUUCGUCAAAUUUUGCUUGCUCUCUCGCGGUGUCUUCGUUGAGUGCAAAACGUUUAUAUCCGUUAUAUCCGGAUUCCCGACACCCGCAUGAGUACAAGCAUGUGAUUUCAUUGACUUGCACUUAGGGCUAGCAUCGACACUUUCCCCAGUACUUCUUCCUUCAUAACAUUCAGAAUUGACGGCAGACAAAGGUUGUAAUAUGGCAUCAAAGGACUCUAAGAAGAUCUUCACACGUGAAGAGGUGGCAAAGCACGAUAAACCUGAUGAUUUGUGGAUUGUUGUUGAUAGCAAGGUGUACAACAUCACUCGUUUCAAGGAUUUGCAUCCAGGGGGUGCCUCAGUAUUCGCAGAGGAAGAUAUAGCUGGCCAGGAUGCCACCGAGGCAUUUUACGGUCUCCACCGUCAUGAAAUUCUUUUACGGCCACAAUACGCUCGCUUACAAAUAGGUUUAAUUGAGGGAGAGGAGAGCGUUAUAUAUUCUCGAGAGCCUGGGCAGCUCAGUGAUGUACCAUAUGCAGAGCCUACCUGGCUCAGUGCUGGGUACUACAGUCCAUACUUCAAAGAGAGUCAUCGACACCUACAGGCAGCGAUGCGAAAGUUUGUGGAUGAGGUUAUCACUCCGGAUGCACUGCUACACGAGGAAGACGGUAAACGUCCUAGUGCCCAUGUAAUCAAAGCUAUGGCAGAGUUAAACAUACAUGCCAUGCGCAUUGGCCCCGGAAAACACUUGAAAGGCCUCACCCUUAUGGGUGGUGUUGUGUCUCCUGAGGAGUUUGAUUACUUCCAUGAGCUUGUCUGCAUACAGGAGAUAUCCCGUUGCGGUCAGCGCGGAUAUGGCGAUGGUCUACAAAGCGGAGCUGUCAUAGGGUUGCCACCUAUCAUGAACUUUGGACCGCCAGCGCUCAAAAUGAAGAUCAUUCCGGAAGUGCUUUCUGGCAAGAAGUUCAUUUGCCUGGCGAUAUCUGAGGCGUUUUCGGGAAGCGACGUUGCAGGCCUGCAAACUCGUGCAACUAAAAGUUCAGAUGGGAAGUACUGGAUCAUUAACGGCACGAAGAAGUGGAUCACCAACGGGACUUUUGCUGACUACUUCACUGUGGGGUGCAAAACGGAUACAGGAUUUACUGUCAUCUUGGUGGAACGCUCGGAAGGUGUUGAGACAAAGCCCAUUAAAACGAGCUAUUCAUCAUCAGCUGGGACUGCCUAUGUCACGUUCGAUAACGUCAAGGUCCCUGUAGAGAACACCCUCGGACCCGAGGGCGGAGGAAUCUUCGUCAUUCUUUCCAAUUUCAAUCACGAGCGAUGGGUGAUGUGCGCUUCUUCCGCGAGAGGACAACGAUUGAUCGUUGAGGAAUGCCUUAAAUGGGUCAAUCAGCGCAAGGCAUUUGGCAAACCUUUGUCUUCUCUGGCCGUAAUCAGAUCGAAGAUUGCAGCCAUGAUCUCACGCACGGAAAGUGUUCAGAACUGGCUUGAGAAUCUAACGAUGCAAAUGUGCAAUAUGACUUACAAGGAACAGGCACAGAAGCUUGCGGGGCCGAUCGGUCUGCUCAAGAUGUAUGCAACGAGGUGUGCCCAAGAAACAGCUGCCGAUGCCGUUCAGAUAUUCGGCGGACGUGGUAUCACGAAGACCGGGAUGGGGCAAUACAUCGAGCAUUAUCACCGCACGAUUCCCUUCGAUGCGGUUCUCGGCGGAGCGGAAGAUGUUCUCGGUGACCUCGGAGUGAGACAGGCAAUACGACAGAUGCCCAAGAAUGCCCGCUUGUAAUCACGGCGUCGUGACUAUGGGUGGAGCUUAGCUGUGCCUCGGAGGUCCUUGACCUUCUCUGAUUAUAAUUUCUAUUAUAGUUGCAUUGAUGUCAACUAUCGCGCGCCCUUGUUCUUCGGCUUGACGAUAUUUAGACCUGCCUAUCCGUCUAUCCGCGCUUUCAAUUCCAAAGGCUUGAUGGUUCUGAUUAAUCUCCGUUGCGUUUCAUCUCCGUACUUCUCACCUUCACGUUGACUGCCACUUCAAAUCUUACAAGUUCCUCCAGAUCAGGCGGAACAUCACGCCGAUAGUAGGGUCCUGGGGUCGGCCGCCAUCGAGCAUUGAGUAAGAGGUGCAUGCACUGGCAAGAACCUGUCAUCUUUUUUUAGCGAGGUGGAAGCUUCCAAGAAUCUAGUCGAGCAUCGCGAAUUGCGCUGUGGUCGUUCGGACUGCAUGCCCAAUCGGUGUUCCUGCGUCUGAC